AGCUUCGCAAGACAAACAACUUUGAGAUCAAAACAAUCUGAGCAGCGACAACAAGAGAAGCAGCAGCGAUUUUUAAAACAGACAUUUUGUGGGAUUUCUGCAAAAAAACACCUAAUUCAGCCGAACCGGAGUCGAACACACACGAACUUUAGUCCAGCGGGGGAACAAAGAUGAUCGGGAAGAUACUCUCUCGGCUGCUGGGGGGCGCUGGCGAGGACAUGGAGGAGGCGGCCGACACGAUUGAGGAGCUGAUGGAGUUUGAGGAGCUGAUGGAGUUUGAGGAGGGAGGAUGGGUCGUCGUUAAUCUCCCAGCAGAGCACGCGCCGCUGUCGGCCUCUGAGGUGGAUCCUCUGGAGAACCUGCUCAUCGAGCACCCGAGCAUGUCCGUCUACCAGAUCAGACGCAGGAUGAGCGGUCAGGAGGAGGAGGAGGAGGAGGAGCAAGGGUCUGAUGAGGAUGAAGAGGACACUGCCAGGCCCGUCGCGGUGAGGCAGCGCGUGUCCUGGCGUCUGGCGGCGUGGGGGAUCCCUCUGCCCUGCGACGUCCGGCUGCUGUCGGUGCAGAGAGCCAGGAGCCAGGCCGAGCGCAGGAAGCUGAGCCGCGGCGCCCUCCACAGGCAGAACCUCGCCAAGCUGCGGUUCUCUCCCGCGGAGAAGCGCUACGGCUUCUUCAAGCAGCCCUGCCAACGCCUGUUCAACUACUGACGGGGAGGAAGGAAACCUGCCUGUGCCUGUGUGUGUGUGUGUGUGUGUGUCACAGAUUACUGAGCCUCUGGAACACGUGUUUUUAUUGAAAAGUGAUCGUUCAGGUUGUUUUAAGUGUGUUUGUAUGAGGCACUGACACAGAGCUGUGCGGGGAAAGUGUCACAUCAGAAAAUCAAUGUCACUUUAAGUCGAUGGUAUUUUGAUUUUAAGCUCGCGUCCUUUGAACUGAGACCAGUGAAUCACUGAGUAACACAAACUGCACUGGAACCUCAUUCUCCUGUAACUGUAACCACACACGCUCCUGUGCAUUAUCAACAAGGUCAUGUGACUUUUCUGGAUAAUUCGUGUCACGUGACGACGAUGUUAUUGAUCCAAAUAAGAUGGUGAAUUAUGGCACAUUUUGAUUGUCAUAUUGUGUGUUUUUGUAUGACGUGCCUCCGCUUCAGAGCAUAUCAGUGUCUUAUUAUUAUUAUUAUUAUUAUUAUUACAUGUGGUUUUGUUCAUACCACCUGUUCAGUGAUCAUAUCAUGUGAAUUAUUAUUUACUCUGAAUUGUUUGUACUAUAAUCUCCUCCCCUCCUCCAAUUUUAUGCAAACUUGUUUUAUUUUAGCCUCAUGUGUGUAAAUACAGUUAAAAUAUGUUGUUUUUCUAUUUUUGUGUAUUUAUAAAAUGUACAAAAAAAAGGUUUAAAAUAAAUUUUGUUUUCGUAA